AUGCUGUGGCAAGAGGGUCUGGUCCUCCUUUUCCUUCGUAUUCUUCACCUCCUCCACGUUACUCCCCUGGUGGAGUCAGCAGAGGUGCCAUUGAAGGAGAUCCCACUCCGGGAACAAUUGAUGGAGCACCUCUUUAAGGACUACCAAAACUAUGAGAUUCCAGGAGCCUUCAACCAGACCACCACCAUUGUCACCGUCUAUAUGACGAUAACAGAGAUCACUUCCGUGGAUGUGCGCAUGAUGGACUACACUACCUACCUUCUUUUGCGUCAAGAAUGGCAAGACCCAAGACUGGCUUGGAACAAUAUUCCACGAUUUCGAAAUUACACCAAAAACCUAGUCUCCCCUAAAUUGAAGGAGAAGUUGUGGCUACCGGAUUUAUUUUUUCGCAAUGGCAAAGAAGGUCGUAUCCAUCGUAUGACCCUGCCCAACUAUUUGACUCGUAUAUCUCCCGAUGGAAAUAUCCUCUAUAGUCAAAAGAUAACGAUGCGAUUCUCUUGCCAGAUGGAUCUCAAAACCUUUCCCAUGGAUGCUCAGACAUGUCACAUAAAUAUAGGAAGUUACGGAUACUCCUUGAAGGAGCUGCGUUUUGUCUGGCGAUCAAUUCAGCCCAUUGAGCUUUCUGAUGGCAUGCAAAUUGCUGAAUUUAAUAGUCCCGAAAGUGUGGUAGCUCAAGACUGUAACGCUUUCCCAACGGACGGAAAUUCAUCCUGUCUCAAGGUGACUUUUGUUCUUUCACGUCAAUUGGGCUCUUGGUUCUCCAGUGUCUAUAUAACCAACUUCCUCAUUGUCAUUGCAUCAUGGCAUAGCUUCUGGGUGGAUAUUGAAGCUCAGCCAGCCCGAGUAGCGCUGGGAUUGUUGACUCUCCUUGGAAUGAUUACUCAGGCUUCGGGAAUCUCGCAGAACCUUCCAAGAGUUUCCUACAUUAAAGCAAUUGAUGUAUGGAACAUUGCGUGCAUCACCUUCAACGUCAGCGUCCUGAUUGAAUUUGCUGUGGCCUCAAAUAUGCGAAGCACACGGAGUAGACGGCCAGAGCGAUGGCGUUUGAAUGCCAGAGAAGCCCUCCGAGCAGAGGUGGAUGGGUGGUGCAUUGGAUGUCGAAAAGCAUUUAUCCAACGACAACAAUUUGCUGGUGUUUCUGAUGGUAAUGUUAGCAGUAGUGACCUCGAAACGGCCCUCAUUCAAGCCAUCUAUCCAGACCUUGGAAGUCGAUCCAACCUCUUUCCAAAUGACGUUCUUAAACCAAAAGAGCAUUCAAGUAAGAAGAAGUCAGCAUUUGACAUUCCUGACACUAAGGAUGAAGAAACUGAAGAUGGCCAAGAUGAGGAUGUUGACGGCGUGAAGGAGGUUGCAACAACGUCAGAGGAUGGCGAAGUGACCGACUCAGAGAAAAAAAAGAAGAAGACGAGAAGAAGGGUAUCAAAAAUUGAUAUCUACAGCCGAUUUCUUUUUCCUCUCUGCUUCUUUGUCUACAACUGCUGCUACUGGUCAUACUACUUAAUUCUUGUAAAAAAGAAGUAG